AGUUUCUAUACGGCCAGUCCUACUAUUCGCGCGCUCCUCAGUCGGCCGGCGAAGUCGCACGUUGCCACUUCUAUAUCUGACGAGCGAACGAUCCAACUUGAUACAUAUAUAUCUACGUAGACUCAAUUUAUUUUUACGCGAACGACGCUGUACAGUGCCGAUUCUGCUAGUGCUUCUUUAUAGAGACUCGAUAGGCCGGUGUAUCGCGGUUAUUUACGCUGUUCGAUUUAUCUCGUGUAUUAUACUGAGAAAUUUUCAGUUGGACUGUUGCAGCGAGCUCUGUGGAUUUUUCGAAGAUUCUGCCAACUUAUUGUGCUUGCAUUGGAAAAAACUACUAGGGUGCAGCUGAGGAAAUUUAAUCGAUCGCGAUGGGUGGACUAACUCAGAGACCCUGGACACCGACCAAGAGGAGGGGACCGAUCGCCGCGGAGUUCGUCACCCCCGGACCCGCUUGCGUCACUCUGCCACCUCUUAUAGGAAAAACCAUGACUGAUUCAAAAAAGGGACGAGCUCCAGCUUUUUCGUUCGGAAGCAGACACUCGAAUAAAAAUGGCAGCCCUGGACCAGGACCUGGUCAAUACAACAUAUCUGGUCUUAGUGCGAAAGGAAAGGACGUGGCACCUGCGUUGUCAUUGCACGGGCGCACGAAAUCUGGAAAAAUCGAAACAACUCCGGCGCCAGGCGACUAUGACCCACAAAAAGCUGAAAAAAUUAUUUCCGACAACUCACCCAAAUUCUCGUUUGGCAUCAAAACGCAAAUAGAGAAAGUUAAUCAUACACCCGCGCCGGGAGAUUAUAAUGCCGUAGUAAAACUCGAUCAUUCCGGUCCUGAAUUUUCUUUUGGAAUGAAACACGUAGUGGAUAAACCAAGCGAAAUCCCUGCACCUGGUUCUUACUGCCCAGAAAAAGUUCGUCUCGAUAACUCACCCCAAUACAGCUUUGGACAUCGAACAGCCAUCGAAAAACCGAGUGAUACACCAGCCCCUGGAACAUACUGUCCCGAAAAAGUAAAUCUUGACAAGGGUCCGCAAUUUAGCUUAAGUGGAAAAAAUUAUGUAGAAAAGCCUGAUGACAAACCUGCCCCUGGAACGUAUUCACCUGAAAAAUUCGUAAAUGACAAGAGUCCACAAUACAGUUUCGGUCGUAGAACGUCGGCUGAUCGAUUAAGCGAUACACCUGCUCCGGGAACAUACUGCCCAGAAAAAGUAAAUUUAUAUAAAGGUCCACAAUACAGUAUAAGUGGCAAAAAUUAUGUUGACAAAACGGAUGACAGACCUGCUCCAGGUACUUACUCACCCGAGAAGUGUUAUUUAGAUCACAGCCCACAGUACAGUUUUGGACGACGUACAUCUGUAGAAAAAUUGAGCGAUACUCCAGCUCCUGGAACAUAUUCUCCGGAAAAAGUUAAUUUAGAUAAAGGUCCCCAAUAUAGCAUAAGCGGCAAACAUCACGUCGACAAACCAGACGACAAACCUGCUCCAGGAACUUAUUCACCAGAAUUACACGACAAAGGUCCACAGUACAGUUUUGGACAACGACCAUCGUUCGACCGAGUGAGCGAUACGCCAGCUCCCGGUGCGUAUUGCCCUGAAAAAGUAAAUUUAGACAAAGGUCCUCAAUUUAGCAUAAGUGGUAAAGGACUCGCUGAAAAACCAAAUGACCUGCCAGCUCCUGGUGCAUACUGUCCUGAGAAGUGUAAUUUGAAUAAGUCUCCAGAAUAUAGUUUUGGAUUAAAAGUUUCUCAUGAUAAGCCAAGUGAUACGCCCGCUCCUGGUGCAUACUGUCCUGAAAAAGUAAACCUUGACAAAGGUCCACAGUACAGUUUAAGUGGCAAAGGUCCCUCGGAAAAACCAAAUGACGUCCCGGCGCCAGGAACAUAUUGUCCAGAAAAAGUAAAUUUAAAUCAUACUCCUCAAUAUAGUUUUGGCGUGAAACAUUCAACAGAUAAGCCUAGUGAUACUCCAGCACCUGGAGUUUAUAGUCCAGAAAAAGUAAAUCUUAAUAAAGGACCUCAAUACAGUCUUAGUGGAAAAGCAUCUCCUGAAAAACCAAAUACUAAUCCAGCACCUGGUAGCUAUGCCCCAGAAAAAGUAAAUCUUCACAAAGGACCUGAAUAUACUUUGAGUGGUAGAGCUCGUUAUGAAAAACCCAGUGAUACGCCAGCUCCUGAUGCAUAUUGCCCAGAAAAAGUAAAUCUUGAUAAGGGUCCAAAGUUCAGUAUUAGCGGUAAACAUCAGUCUGAAAAGCCAACUGAUUCGCCAGCACCAGGAACGUACAGUCCCGAAAAAGUAAAUUUAGACAAAGGACCUCAAUUUAGUAUAUCAGGAAAAGCUCCAUCCGAAAAACCCAAUAACAAUCCAGGCCCUGCUCAUUAUUUCCCCGAGAGGAUUAAAAAUCUGGAACACAUACCUCAUUAUAGCUUUGGUAACAGAAAACCUCUGCAUAAGAUUAACAAUUUUCCAGCUCCUGGAACAUACAGCCCAGAAAAAAUGAAUCUUGAUAAAUCGCCCCAAUAUACUUUUGGAAUAAAAGCGCAAACUGAGAAGCCAAAUGAUAUUCCUGCUCCAGGAACAUAUUGUCCAGAGAAGGUUAUUAUUGCUAGUUCCCCGCAAUACAGCUUUGGCCGCCGAACGUCCCUCGAUAAAACCGACAAUAUUCCAGCACCUGGAACGUAUAGUCCAGAAAAAGUAAGAUUAGAUAAAGGUCCAAGUUACAGUUUAAGUAGCAAGCAUCAUCCAGAAAAACCGAAUGAUGUUCCAGCUCCUGGAGCGUACAGCCCAGAAAACGUGAAGUUAGAUAAUACGCCACAAUAUAGUUUCGGACUCAAAGUUGAGUCGCUUGACAGAAAUAAUAUGCCAGGCCCAGGACAGUACUGUCCAGAAAAAGCUAUGUCAAUCUUGCAAACAGCAUAUAGCUAUUCAUUCGGUUUAAAAACAUCCAUCACAGACACUGAAAAUGUUCCCGCUCCGAAUGUUUACAACAUACCUUCAUCUCUUGGUGGAACGAAGGAGAGCAACAUCAAAACGGCUCCUGCCUUCUCAAUUUCCGGGAGGCAGAAAGUUUUUACCGACGAUCGGGUCCUGGUUCCGGGACCUGGUUCCUACGAGUCCAUAAAAUCGGACGCCGUGCGAUCAAAGAGUCCUGCCUACAGCAUCAGCGCGCGCUAUCAGACACCGAACGAUCACUCACAGAUUCCCGGACCCGGUGCGCACUGCCCCGAAAAAGUGGUUUUGGAUGUUCCUCCAGCUCACACUUUUGGUAUAAGGCACUCACCUUACAUUUGUAACUUAAAAGAUGCAGUCUACUAAAAUUAUUUAAUAUUGCUUAAGUUUUGAAUUUAAUAAUUGAAUUGUAUUUUACAUUUUAUUUUUGCAGCUAAGCAAACUGUGUUAUUUAGACUGCGAAAUAUAUAUUUAUAUUGUUAAUUUUAUCGAAUUGUUUGUUACGUUGAUUAAUUGAAAAUAGCUUUCAAUGAUCAGAAGUAUAUUGCCAGCUUACACAUAGCUGAAUGUUCCUAAAAGGCAGUCCAACAGAGAUCUAAGAGCUUUCUAGUGAUGCUAAAAAUAUCAUUUUCAUUCUUGCUGAUCCAUAUACAGUUGGUAUAUCAAUACAGUUCUCAAAAUACAUUCUUGUUCAUUUAAAGAUUUAGAAACUUUUAUACUUUGCUUGUUAUCAGAAUAAGAAGAUUUACUUUUUUUGUAAAGUAUUCUAACAAUUAAGACCACUUUUUGUAAAAGGCACCUCCCUUAUUUUGUAUUACAUUAAUAAAACAAUAUUUUUACCGAAA